UCUGCCAUUCAUUUGGAGGCUCAAAUGCGGCUGAAAUAAGGUUGGAGGACAGUCCAUAAACAACUUGCCCUGUUUCUCCCAAGGCUUGUGCUCGAAUGAAGUCUGUGACUGCUAUUUCUUCCUCCAUUCCUUGUCUCAACAAAGCUUUUCGUACUCUGUUUACUCUCUCCACAACAACAAACCCUCCUGCUUUCCGUAACCUACAUACGUCACCGAUACGCUAUCGACCGAUUACCGUUACCUUCUCUCUCAUUCUCCCUCGGCAAUCACAUAGCUUGAACCACAGCUUUGUUUCCUCGCGUAAGAAGCCUAAUUUCGCUGUGUCAAAAUGCCUCUCUUCGAUAUCCUCGUCAGCACACACUGUGGAUUGGAACGACGCUGUUUCGUGUUCGGAGAUUGGGGAAGAGGCGUUGGAGCAGGAAAAGGAUGAGGAUGAUGAUGCUAGUGCUACUGCUGUUAAGCCUUAUAUACCUGUUAGGGCUUUCUUUUUCUCUACUAGUGUGGAUUUGCGGAGCUUAGUGGAGCAGAACAAGCAGAAUUUUGUUCCACCUUCGUCUCGAAUGACAAAUUAUGUUGUUUUAAGAUUUGGGGACACCAAGAAGGCACCCAGUGCUUUAGGUGCCAACUUAAGUGGCAGUGACUGUUGUUACAUGGUUGUUUUCCAAUAUGGCUCGAUUGUCUUGUUUAACGUUUCCGAUCACGAGGUUGAUGGAUACCUGAAGAUUGUCGAGAGACAUGCUUCAGGGUUAUUACCGGAGAUGAGAAAGGAUGAGUAUGAGGUAAGAGAGAAGCCAACUUUGAGCACAUGGAUGCAAGGUGGAUUAGACUACAUAAUGUUGCAGUAUAUGAAUGUAGAUGGUAUCCGAACCAUUGGCAGUGUUCUUGGUCAAAGUAUUGCUCUUGAUUACUAUGUUCGCCAAGUUGAUGGAAUGGUUGCUGAGUUUACGGACAUCAAUCGUGGAAUGGAAAAGACUGGAACUUUCACAAUGGAGAGGAAAAAGCUUUUCCAACUGGUUGGCAAGGCAAAUUCUAAUCUUGCUGAUGUGAUUCUUAAGCUAGGACUUUUUGAAAGAUCAGAUAUUGCAUGGAAGGAUGCGAAAUAUGCUCAAAUUUGGGAAUAUCUCAGAGAUGAAUUUGAGUUGACUCAAAGAUUCCAAAGCCUUGACUUUAAGCUGAAGUUUGUUGAGCAUAACAUACGAUUCCUUCAAGAAAUUCUUCAAAAUAGGAAGUCAGAUUUCCUUGAAUGGCUCAUUAUUAUAUUGAUCGGUGCAGAGAUCCUCAUUUCGGUUUAUGACAUUGCUCAUAAGUCGUCAAUCGCUCUGUAGGUUUAGCUUCUGAAGUGUUGGAAAUUUGGAAUAUCCCAUUGCACUCUAAUUAUGGCCUGGAGUUGCUGUACAUAUGAAAUCCUCUAAUAAUACACUAUGCUAUACGGCACUUGGUCUAUUAAUUGUAAAUGCACGAUGACUUUACAGUAGGGAGGUACAUCAUUUAAGCUUAGUGCCUCAAAAUAGGGGAUAUGAAUUUACAGAUGAUUGCAUUUUUGGUACCUUUCUCCUGUAAGUAUUGGUUUUCUUUAUUUUUCAAUUCUGGUUUCGCGCUCA